UAAAGGAUGGUCCAUCACAGAGCAGUUACCCUAACGACUUGCCCGUCAGAAACAGCCUCGUCACCCACCUUUGCUCACCGUGCAACACGCACACAUUCGCAUCCUAGAGCAGAACUAACAGGCGCGUUUCAUGCUUUUGUGAAGGGAGACUGUGUGGUUAUGCGCGCUUCGUAUCUCGACUGCUCGGUGUUCCAGCACCGCGCCCGGAUGGAAAUGUGUCUUCCGGGGAGAAGCUGCUUUCAGCCAACGAGACACCGAGCACAACACGCGACGCAGCCCGGACAUCUGCAGUUUUCCUCAGCAGCCUGUCCAAAAACGCACGCGGUUUGAGUCGCACAUCUAUGGCCAAACGACACAACCUGCGUCUCAGCGGAGGGUUUAAGGGCUGUAGGACAUCAGCAAGAGCCGAAAAUCCAGAUUUUGCUAUUUCAUUCUGAUAUUUGUGCCGUCAUUCAUGGAUGUGCACGCAGAGGCUGGUCCGCCGCACGUGCAGACGGUGGAUGAGCCACCGGGAGGCGCCACGGUCACUGUUACCGAGCAGUUUCAGGUCCGGUCGGUACCGGGGUGUGACGGCGAGGAUGACCCGCAGUCGGGCGCCGUCGGAGCUCAAACACCUGCAGCGGUUGAUCCGAUCGCAGAGAUCGAGAGCGAGGAUGGUGCGCGCGCAGAGGUGCACGGAGCGGCCGGUCAGGAUGCGGGGAAUAGAGCGGGGAAAACGGAAACCGUGGGCUCCAGCUGCAGCAACGAGAGCUGCGUUCCGACACCAGGCUGUCGGAUCUGCUUUCAAGGAGCCGAGCAGGGGGAGCUGCUGAGCCCGUGUCGGUGUGCUGGUACCGUUCGGCACGCCCAUCAGCACUGUCUGCUCAAGUGGAUCAGUGAGAAGGGUUCUUGGAGCUGUGAACUUUGCAAUUACAGAUUCAACAUCCUGCCUAUACAUAUCAAACCACCACAACAGUGGCAGUCUGUGACUAUGACGCUGGUGGAAAAGGUUCAGGUCAUUGCAGUGUUUCUUGGUGGCAUCUUCUUGUUGGCUAGCGUGUCAUGGCUGCUGUGGUCAGCACUGAGCCCGCAAGCGUUAUGGCAACGCAGUGACAUCUUGUUUCAAAUCUGCUACGGCAUGUAUGCCGUCAUGGACCUAGUAUGCAUCGGUCUGAUUGUUCAUGAAGGUGGUGCUGUCUAUAACGUGCUGAUGCGUUGGCGAGCGGUCAAUCUUCUCUGGGACGUUCAGAACUACGAUAAAAGUCGCGACCUGGACAACGCGCACGGCCCACAUCGCAACCUGUGGCUGCCUCUCACGAACACGCACACAGUCGCGCACCCGCACACCACCCGACUGGAGUCGUCGCCUCGAUGCCCCCUUCAUAUCUUCUCCAUGUGCCUGAACGUGACCUCUGACCCCUCCCCGCAGGAGCAAGGCUCAGGCGAGCUUGUUGUUAGGGUCACGUCAGUCUGACCUCAAAGAAACUCAUUCAGGGACCAAUCCACUCUCCUUGCACUGCCCUGAGGUGGGCGUGGCUGGCAGAUGGGAGGAGCCUCGGUGUUGGGAGGAGCCUUACUUGAAAAGCACUUUAGAAGAUGCACAAACUGAGUCGAAUACCGAGUCGUAUUAUGCUGUAUUGAAUACUGGAGGAAGUUCUGUCAACAAUUCUGCGUCAGCCUACGAAGCACUCGGCACAAACACACGUACAUGUAGCAUCUGCAAAAUAAUACUGCUCUUGUUGUUUGACAAAUGAAUGUUUGGGUUUUUCAUUAUUGCUGUUCAUGUGCUUGAGUUCAAACAGACCGAGCAUUUUCUGUACCAUCAAAAUAGAUCUUAUGCAUUCCCUAGAUUUCUCUAGCAGCCCAGCACUGACAUCUCAUGUUGCGUGUAUUACAAACAAACUGGAUUAUUAGUCUAGGCUUAUUUAAAUUCAAUAAGUAAUAGCAUUGAUGGUCAACUGAUAGUGCUUACAAAACUGUGAUAGUUAAGCAAAGGCUAUACAUCCUAAAAUCCUAAUAAGAAGGAGCCAUUGUGCCCUUAAAGCGAUACUACAGCCAAAUAUCAAAAUUAACCCAUGAUUUACUCACCCUCCAUCAAUCUGAGAUACAUACGUCCACUAUCUUUCAGACGAACACAUUCGUGUUUUAUGCGAUUGUGUUUACAGGAUUGUGUUUACAGUGCACAAUAUAAUUAUGUUCAUGUUUCACGUGUAAAAAACGUGGUAUUUUUCACACAAUUUACUUAUCUCUAUAGCGCUGUUUUCACUGUCCUAAAAACGGUCUGAUGUCUUCCUUGUUCUAUGAAGUCCCUCCUUCAGAAAUACGUAACGAGUUCUGAUUGUGUAGCUUGUUGUGUAAUUGUGAUUCGAUAGCAAUUAGUUUAGCUUGCCGUUAGCUUAGCUGGCGACUGAUGUAUUCCUGUGGGCGGAGUCUAGUAAAAAACUGUUCUAGUGACGUCAUUAAAGCAGGAAGUAGAGGGCUGUAGUCCAAACUGGCCGUUCGCUGUUAA